AUGUAUAAUAUGUUUGGUCAACAAGCAGCACAAACUACGCCUCAGUCAACUGUGAAUCCUAUGAACGAUUUUGAAGUUGUAUCACCACCGGAUGAUUCGAUAUCAAGUUUGGCGUUCAGUCCAGCAUACGUGUCUCAAAAUUUACUUGUUGCUGGCUCUUGGGAUAGUCACGUCAGGUGCUGGGAAGUGGAAAAAACUGGAAAAACUGUUGCCAAGGCCAUGCAGAGCAUGACAGGACCUAUCCUGGACGUUUGUUGGAGUGAUGAUGGGACCAAAGUAUUUAUGGCAUCUUGUGAUCAAAUGGUCAAGUGCUGGGAUUUAGCUUCCAAUCAAUCGAUCCAAGUAGCUGCUCAUGAUGCCCCAGUGAAAACUUGUCAUUGGAUCAAGGGUUCAAGUUACUCAUGUUUGAUGACUGGUUCAUGGGACAAGACUUUAAAGUUUUGGGAUCUCAGAACGCCAACUCCAAUGCUUACGUUGAAUUUACCAGAAAAAUGUUACUGUGCAGCCGUUGACUAUCCAAUAGCUGUUGUAGGCACAGCUAAAAGAUGGUUAUUAACCUAUAAGUUACAAGGCCAGCCAACUGAACUUAGAAGGAUACGCACUUCUUUUCAUAUUCAGAACAGAUGCGUUGCCCUACAUAGGGAUCAAUCGAACACUCCCACUGUAUGUGCUGUGGGCGGAACGAAAUGUCGUGCCGCCAUUCUAUAUAUGAAUGAAACCAAUUCCCAAUUUCCAUAUACAUUUAAAUGCCACAAUGUAAGAAAUGAAAUGGGUAAUUUUGAGGGUAAUUAUUGUGUAAAUGACUUGGCGUUUCAUCCGGUUCACGGUACUUUAGCAACCGUUGGUGGUGAUGGGAGUUUCGGUUUUUGGAAUAUAAAUGCUCGGACAAAAUUAAAAGAAUCAAAAACAAUGGGGAAACCUAUCACUAGUUGCUGUUUUGAUCGCAACGGGGAAUUUUUUGCUUACUCUGUCUCCUAUGAUUGGUCCAAGGGUGAUGAGCAUUUUAAUCCUAAUAUGAUAAACCGUAUCUUUCUUAGAUCUUGUUUCCUAGAGUUAAAACCGUGA